GGGCUCCUGGAAAUCAUCCGGCCCUGCAGCUAUGUCAUGGAGGUGGCAUUCCCCCUGCGCCGGGACAGCGGCACCUGGGAAGUGGUGUGGGGCUGGAGGGCCCAGCACAGCCAGCACCACCUGCCCUGCAAAGGAGGGGUUCGUUUCAGCAGUUCAGUCAGUGUCGACGAAGUAAAAGCCCUGGCUGCAUUAAUGACAUACAAAUGUGCCAUCGUGGAUGUUCCUUUUGGUGGCGCCAUGGCGGGUGUGAGGAUCGAUCCAAGGAAAUACUCCAAACAGGAGCUGGAGAAAAUAACGAGGCAUUUUACUGUAGAAAUGGCCAAGAAGGGAUUUAUAGGCCCUGGCAUUGACGUGCUGGCCCCUGAUGUCAGUACUGGGGAGCGGGAGAUGUCCUGGAUAGCUGACACCUACACCCACACAUUGGGGUACCGGGACAUCAAUGCCCAGGCGUGUGUGACAGGAAAGCCGAUCAGCCAGGGAGGCAUCCAUGGGCGACACUCGGCCCCUGGCCGGGGGGUCCUGCAUGGCAUUGAGAACUACAUCACCAACAGAGACUACAUGGACUGCAUCGGCCUGAGCCCUGGCUUCCCCGGCAAGACCUUUGUGCUGCAGGGCUUUGGCAAAGUGGGGCUGCACACCAUGAAGUACCUCCACGAGUAUGGAGCCCGCUGUAUUUGUGUUGGGGAGACAGAUGGAGCCAUUUACAAUCCCAGAGGGAUUGAUCCCAGGGAACUAGAAGACUAUGAGCAGGGCCAUGGCACCAUAGUUGGCUUCCCAAAAGCAGAGCGUUAUGAUGGCAGCAUCCUGGAGGUGCCCUGUGACAUCCUCAUCCCUGCUGCGGCUGAGAAGCAGCUCACAACGGAGAAUGCACCCCGGGUGCAGGCAAAGAUCAUUGCAGAAGCUGCCAAUGGUCCCACUACCCCAGCAGCACAUGACAUAUUCCUGCAGAGAAACAUCCUGGUCAUCCCGGAUGUAUAUGUGAAUGCAGGUGGUGUGACAGUAUCCUUUUUUGAGUGGCUGAAGAACCUGAACCAUGUUAGCUAUGGCCGCCUCAGCUUCAAGUACGAGUGGGAAUCCAGCAGCUACCUCCUGCAGUCGGUGCAGCACAGCCUGGAGCAGUGGUUUGGCAAAGCCAGAGGGGAGAUCCCCAUUGUCCCAUCCCCAGAGUUCCAGGCUCGUGUGACUGGUGCCUCAGAGAAGGACAUUGUGUAUUCAGGACUGGCCUACACCAUGGAACAGUCAGCCAAGCGAAUUAUGACCAUGGCUGCAAAGUACAACCUGGGCCUGGACCAGAGAACUGCUGCCUACCUGUGUGCUCUGGAGAAGGUGUUCACUGUGUACAGUGAAGCUGGCUUCACCUACUGA